AUGCAUGCAGCCCUCAGCGAGGUUGUCACUAGCAUGCGCGUGACACUGCAGGGGCCCGCCAGCCCCUCCCCCGCAGAUGCAGCUCAGCUAGCUGAGAAGGAAGCAGCAGCAGGAGCAGCAGCAGCAGCGCUUGCUGCAGCAGAGGAGACGCUGCAGCAGCUGCAGCAGGCGUCAGCAGCAGCGCAGCGGGCGGCGACAAAGGCGCGGGGUGUCUGUACAGACGCCGAGCUGCAGCUGCAAGCAGCACAAUACCAGGCAAGGCAGACAAGCUCGGAGCAGCAGCAGCAGCAGAAGCUGCUGCAGCGGCUGCAGCAGCAGCACGCGCAGCGGCGGCAGGCCCUGCGGGACUCGUGGCAGGGGGGCCCCCCAGACCUCCCGGGGCUGCUGGAGGCCCUGGGGGCCCUGCUGCAGCAGGGGCUGCUGUCGAGGGCCCCCCUGGGGCCCCUGGGGGAGCUGCUGUUUGUGGACUUGGAAGCUUGUGCUGCAGCAAAAGUUCCUGCUGCAGCAGCACAGGCAGUGCUGGAGGAGCACCUGAGGCCCCACACCUUCACCUUCCUCGUCAGCAGCAUCCGCGAGCAGCGGCUGCUGCUGCAGCUGCUGCAGCGCCACCGCUGGCCCCCCCGUGUUGCUGUUGUCAACUUUUGCUGCUGCCCUUAUUUCCCCAGACUCACAGACGAGGCCCUGGGCCUCCCCGCGGGGGCCUUUACUCUCUACAAGGCCCUUCGGAAGCAAAGCCCGCAGCAGCAAGCCCCAGCAGUAGCAGCAGCAGCAGCAGCAGCAGCAGGCGCAGCGGAUGACCCAGCGACCACUCCCGCUGCAGCCAUGCCACUGGCUGGGGUUCACUUCUUGGUAGAUGUGGCAUCGAUUGAACGCGUGGCAAUAGCCGAAGAUGAGCAGCAGCUGCGGGCGCUGCUGCAGGGGCCCCCCGCAGCAGCGGGGGGCCCCCAAAGUGGGUACUUGAGGGGCCUCCGGGAAGGGUAUACCUGGAAGGGGCCCCUCCAUUUAAAGAAACUGGGAAAGG